UGAGUCCCAGGAUCUAUGGUGGAAGAACCAACUUCUGACUUCAUGCUUACCAUCAUGCACAGAUAUGAAGAUGUGUGUGUGUUCAAGUGCUCAGUGUCCCGAGAGACAGAAUGCAGCCGUGUGGGCAGGCAGUCCUUCAUCAUCACACUGGGCUGCAACAGCGUCCUCAUCCAGUUCGCCACACCCCAUGAUUUCUGUUCCUUCUACAACAUACUGAAAACCUGCCGGGGCCACACACUGGAGCGCUCUGUGUUCAGUGAGCGAACAGAGGAAUCCUCAGCUGUGCAGUACUUCCAGUUUUAUGGCUACCUGUCCCAGCAGCAGAACAUGAUGCAGGACUAUGUGCGUACAGGUACCUAUCAGCGUGCGAUCCUGCAAAACCACACCGACUUCAAGGACAAGAUUGUUCUCGAUGUAGGCUGUGGCUCUGGGAUCCUGUCAUUUUUUGCUGCUCAAGCAGGAGCCAGGAAAAUUUAUGCAGUGGAGGCCAGCACCAUGGCUCAGCAUGCUGAGGUCCUGGUGAAGAGUAACAACCUGACGGACCGCAUUGUGGUCAUCCCUGGCAAGGUAGAGGAGGUCUCAUUGCCUGAGCAAGUGGACAUUAUCAUCUCAGAGCCCAUGGGCUACAUGCUCUUCAAUGAACGCAUGCUCGAGAGCUACCUCCAUGCCAAAAAGUACCUGAAGCCCAGUGGAAACAUGUUCCCCACCAUUGGUGACGUCCACCUCGCACCCUUCACCGAUGAACAGCUCUACAUGGAGCAGUUCACCAAAGCCAACUUCUGGUACCAGCCAUCCUUCCAUGGAGUGGACCUGUCAGCCCUCCGAGGCGCUGCUGUGGAUGAGUACUUUCGGCAACCUGUCGUGGACACAUUUGACAUCCGGAUCCUGAUGGCCAAAUCUGUCAAGUACACAGUGAACUUCUUAGAAGCCAAAGAAGGCGAUUUGCACAGGAUAGAAAUCCCAUUCAAAUUCCACAUGCUGCAUUCAGGACUGGUCCAUGGCUUGGCAUUCUGGUUCGAUGUUGCUUUUAUUGGCUCCAUAAUGACUGUGUGGCUGUCCACAGCCCCAACAGAGCCCCUGACCCACUGGUACCAGGUCCGGUGCCUCUUCCAGUCACCGUUGUUUGCCAAGGCUGGAGACACGCUCUCAGGGACAUGUCUGCUUAUUGCCAACAAAAGACAGAGCUAUGACAUCAGUAUUGUGGCCCAGGUCGACCAGACAGGCUCCAAAUCCAGUAAUCUGCUGGACCUGAAGAACCCCUUUUUCAGGUAUACGGGCACAACCCCAUCACCCCCGCCUGGCUCACACUACACAUCUCCCUCCGAGAAUAUGUGGAACACAGGAAGCACCUACAAUCUCAGCAGCGGGGUGGCUGUGGCCGGAAUGCCUACUGCCUAUGACCUGAGCAGUGUUAUUGCCGGCGGCUCUAGUGUCGGUCACAACAACCUGAUUCCCUUAGCCAACACAGGGAUUGUCAAUCACACCCACUCCCGGAUGGGCUCCAUAAUGAGCACGGGCAUUGUCCAAGGCUCCUCAGGUGCCCAAGGAGGCAGCGGUGGCUCCAGUGCCCACUAUGCAGUCAACAACCAGUUCACCAUGGGUGGCCCCGCCAUCUCCAUGGCCUCACCCAUGUCCAUCCCAACCAACACCAUGCACUACGGGAGCUAGGUGCCUCCAGCUGCAACACCACUGCGCACUGACAGCACCAGGAAACCAAAUGAAGUCCACACCCAGUGCAGCCGGUGGCUGUCCCCCUUGUUCUGGAGAAGCGUGAACACCCGGUCACAGCCCUCUUUGCUAUGGGAACUUGGACACUUUUGUACACGAUGUUGCCGCUGCCCUCAAGUACCCCCAGCCCACCCUUUGGCCAUGAGCGCGUGUCGCUGCCAUAUUUUACAUGAGAUCCUGUUGGGGCAGCCCUCAUCCUGUUCUGCCCUCUCCAACCUGACCUGGCUUUGACAUCUACUGGAAGAGGCAAGCUCCCUUCACCCAAUCCCACACCCACAGCUGCGCCUGACCAGGCAGGAGGAAGCCAGCAGCUGCCACUACAAGACCUGGCAGAACCCAUCCCCCAACCCAUCCUUGUACCUGCCCCUCACCUGGGGUAGCAGCACAGCCAGCUGGACCUCUUCUUCAACUACCAGGCCACAUGGUCACCAUGGACGUGACAUGCUGCUUUUUUUAAUUUUAUUUUUUUACGAAAAGAACCAGUGUCAACCCACAGACCCUCUGAGAAACCCGGCUGGCCGGGCCCAGCCAGCAGCCCCUGUCCGUAGGUCCAGAGGUUCUAGGUGAGGGGUGGCCUGUCAAGCCUUCAGGGCGGGCAUCACCCCCUCUCACCAAAGGGUUCACCUCACACUUGAAUGUACAAAAACACCCAGCUGUCCAAAGGCCUCUAGCCCCUGCUUCCUGCUACUGUCCUGUCCUGAGCCCUGAAGGUCCCCCUUCACCAAAAGCGGGAACAGGCAGCCCAAAGGGAAAGUCACCCAGGGCCA